GCAGCGCCGUCGGGUGUUCGGCGUCGGCGAGUUCUUUUCGAUUAGUUGUUUUUCUAGUAUAUUCCGUCUCUUCUUUAACGGCCUGCAACAUGGGCGACGCUAUGAAGGUGGAGGUUAAGGACAUUGAUAAGCUGCUCGAAAUGGAUGGUUACCUAAAGACCCACGAGCGUGAGAUACGUCGCCGACAUGGCAUCCUACAGGAGUGGAUAAAGAAGCUCGAUCAAUGCGAGGGCGGAAUUAAUGAAUUCACGCAGGGAUACAAUUAUUAUGGUCUGCAUUUUCAGUCGGACAAUUCAGUGAUAGCGCGCGAAUGGGCGCCGGGUGCAAAGGACGUGUAUCUAACGGGUGAUUUCAAUAAUUGGCACUGGGAGUCGCAUCCGUUCAAGAAGCUGCCCUUUGGCAAGUGGGAGCUGCAUUUGCCUGCCAAUGCUGAUGGUAGUCCGCCAAUAAAGCAUCUCAGCGAGAUCAAGGUCAUCAUACGGAACCAAUCGGGUCAACUGCUGGAUCGUCUGUCGCCCUGGGCCAAAUACGUGGUGCAGCCACCCAAGGAGGCCAACCAGGGCGUCAACUAUAAGCAAUAUGUAUGGCAGCCGCCGGCUGGAGAACGCUAUCAGCGUCAGCAUGCGCGUCCGGCCAAACCCAAGUCGCUGAGGAUCUACGAGUGCCAUGUGGGCAUUGCCUCCCAGGAGCCACGUGUGGGCAGCUACGAUGAGUUCGCGGAUCGCAUUGUGCCGCGCAUCAAGCGUCAGGGCUACAACUGCAUACAGGUGAUGGCCAUCAUGGAGCACGCCUACUAUGCCAGCUUUGGCUACCAGGUAACGAGUUUCUUUGCGGCCUCCAGUCGCUAUGGCAACCCGGAGCAACUCAAACGCAUGAUUGAUGUGGCCCAUUCCCAUGGACUAUAUGUGCUUCUCGAUGUGGUGCAUUCGCAUGCCUCCAAGAAUGUGCAGGAUGGUCUCAAUCAGUUUGAUGGCACCAACAGCUGUUUCUUCCACGAUGGCGCUCGUGGAGAGCAUUCCCUGUGGGACAGUCGCCUUUUCAACUACACGGAGCACGAAGUGUUGCGUUUUCUGUUGUCCAAUCUGCGUUGGUGGCACGAUGAAUACAACUUUGAUGGUUAUCGCUUCGAUGGCGUCACCUCCAUGCUGUAUCAUUCGCGUGGCAUUGGCGAGGGCUUCAGCGGUGACUACAAUGAAUACUUUGGUCUCAAUGUCGACACUGAUGCCCUCAAUUAUCUGGGACUAGCCAAUUAUAUGCUACACAACCUUGAUCCCGAGGUCAUAACCAUAGCAGAGGAUGUUUCCGGCAUGCCCACCUUGUGUCGUCCCGUGUCGGAGGGCGGCAUUGGAUUUGACUAUCGCCUGGCCAUGGCCAUACCAGACAAAUGGAUUGAGCUGUUGAAGGAAACAAGUGAUGAUGAGUGGAACAUAGGCAAUUUGGUACACACACUCACCAAUCGCCGUUGGAUGGAGAACACUGUGGCCUACGCCGAAUCGCAUGACCAGGCGCUUGUCGGCGAUAAGACCAUUGCCUUCUGGCUGAUGGACAAGGAAAUGUAUACGCACAUGUCAACAGUAUCGGAUCCAUCACUGAUUAUUGAUCGCGGCCUGGCGCUGCAUAAGAUUAUACGCCUUAUCACACACGCGUUGGGAGGCGAGGCGUAUCUUAAUUUCAUGGGCAACGAAUUUGGACAUCCCGAGUGGCUGGACUUUCCACGUGUGGGCAACAACGACUCGUAUCAUUAUGCGCGUCGUCAAUGGAAUCUCGUGGAUGACAACCUAUUGAAGUACAAGUACCUUAAUGAGUUUGAUCGUGCCAUGAACGAGCUUGAGGAGCGCUACGGCUGGCUGCAUUCCGGACCCGCCUUUGUCAGCUGGAAGCACGAGACCGACAAGACCAUCGCCUUUGAGCGUGCCGGUCUUGUGUUCGUCUUCAAUUUCCAUCCAACGCAGAGCUUCAGUGAUUACCGUGUGGGCACCAACUGGGCGGGCACCUACCAGGCGGUGCUCUCAUCGGACGAUCCCCUCUUUGGUGGCCACAAUCGCAUUGACAUGAACUGCAAGCAUGUCUCUGAUCCCUGGGGAUAUGCUGGCCGCACCAAUUUCAUUCAAGUCUAUGCUCCUGCACGUACGGCUGUCGUGUAUGCACGGGUUAGCGAUUAACCAAACAACGUGAUCAUCCCAAGAUUGUUAAUAUAUAUAUACAAAAUAUGUAUACAAAUAUGAAUUUCAAAAUUUAGCUAUAGUUUUUGUUAAUGUUACGAAAGCCAUGAAUAAAAUUAUAUACACACCAGA